AUACCACACACGACACCUAGAGGCGCAGUACGACUAAUCCGGCUACAACUUGCAUACUUGCUCACGAGAACACCUCUGCUGAGAUGUUUUUAUGAGCCCACCCUCACCAGCAAACCACGCGAUUCGCGUCUAGGAUUGUUGAUUGCCCCUUCGCCGUUUGUUCAUUCUGUGCGUUCUCGCCACAAUGCCGAUUGGAGAUCUUCUUGCCCAGAUCACUGGGGAACCCAGUCCCACCGAAACUACACAUGCCUCGACAUUCCUUCCGCCAAAGCGCAAAGCCGACGACCAGUUGCGCAGACCAGUGAACAAGGUACAGAGGACGGAACCCACUACAACUAUUCUCAGCAAGCCUGUCCCUAAUAACGCUCGAUCUCUGUCUGUGGAAGGGCCGCUCUCGAAGAUUAAGCUGGGUUCAUCUGCUCAGAAGCCAACUGCGUCAGCGACCUUCAAAAAUGGACGACCGACACCGCCACUUGCCAACGAUGCGCCAAAGGCUCCCCCGAAGAAGGGAUCAUUUGCAGAGAUCAUGGCUAGAGGGAAAGCUGCGCAGUCAACUUUAGGGCAGGUGGGAAAGAUCCAGCACAAGAAGAUUGAGAAGAUGCCCAGUAAACGGGAGCGAGAGGAGAUGAAGGCCCACAAGUCAUCGAAUAUCGCAAAGAAUAUGGCUCCUGGUAGCAAAUUCAACAAGGCACCUCUUCCUAAUGCUCGGGAUGGACGUAAUGGGGCGAAGGAAAGUGGUAAAAAGGCCCCACCUGAGCCGGAGAAGAAGAUUAAGAAGGCAGCUACUGCAACGACUGGGUAUGCUGGAACGGCUCGUCCAAAGCCAGGAGGUGCAAAGGGUCCCGCUAGAUCUUCAGCAUCAGCAUCGUCUUCACGCUAUGAUAGAGGGUCUGAUAGAGGUCGAUAUCGUGAUGACAGGCAUGGCUCGUCUGCACGUUAUGCCUACGUUAGCGAAGAGGAAGAGGAUGAGGAAGAAGAGGAGAGAGAAUAUGACUCUGAUGUGUCUUCUGAUAUGGAAGCUGCUGCAUUCGAAGUGGAUGAAGAAGAGCAACUCGCUAGUCGAAUUGCUCGACGUGAGGAUGCCGAAGCUCUUGCCGAGGAGAACAGGUUGAAGCGAGAGAAAGAAGAGAAACGAAGACGACUGGCUGCUAUGGCCAAGUCAAGACGCUGACACCAGCAAUCAAUAAUGAUAAUUUGGUCAAUGGACUAGACGAGAGACUGAAUAUGGGCAUUUUGCUCUUGGUGGUUGCUUGCAUUUUGCGAGAUGGGGCUGGGGGAUAGGCAUUGUCUGUUAGCGGGUCAAGGCGUCAAAUGGUCACCAGCAUUGAAGGCGUAUAUUUCCUUCAGGCUGCAACGCCAGUUGUGAAUAGUGUUUCAGUGAGCAAUGAUAUUAGCACCAAUACUUGCCAUCCCCCCAGAGUGAGCGCUAGUCUUAAGACUUUUAAAAAUUUGGGAAUUAUUCUAAACUUGAC